AUGGACUCUGCCGCAGAUUCUCUCCUCGCUCUCUCCAACACUGCGGCUGCCAUUGCAGCCCAUGGCGAAACCCCCUCGGACGAUGAUCGUUCCAGCAGUCUCAGUGAGCUGGACGAAAACCUUGAAGAUGGUGAAGACGGAGACAUGGAACCAGCAGGAGCUGCUGACGGUGAUUCCGAGGCCGAGACUGAACGCCUCCAAGUCACUCCGGAGAAUCUUGCGAAACAGAAACCUUUCCAGAUAAGUCCCAGCAAACUGGCUCACAGAAAAGACGUCGAUAUGAGACCUGAAAUAGAGAGCAUCACCGAAAGUGCCGUGUCAUCCCCAAUCUCCUCUCAUGGCGAUUCGGAAAUUGACGCUGUGCUCAGUGAUGGUCCUGAAGCUGAUGAGGAGGUUGAAGGAGUGCAGCAAGUGGACAUUGGGAACUCCCCGAAUAAACGCAAGCGAGAAGAAAGUGAAUCAGAUGUCGGAGAGGCGCCCAGGUCACAAAGACGUCGCACAGGGUCCGUCGAGAGUGAGGAUGAAAAAUCCGAACCGGAGACCGAUGUCGAAGAUCGUCAUAGUCAACCUAGCCGAGAACCGACGAUGGAACCCGAGCCAGAAAUACCUGAACAUGAAGACGAAGAACCGGAAGAAUUAGAAGAAGAGCCGAAAGAAGCGGAAAAGGUUGACACGAGUGAAGACUCCAAGGACAAAACGAGGAGCCGCCCGCGGAGGAAAGCCAAGGGUGACGUCGCACAAGAACCUCAACCAGAGGACGACGAUGAGGCUGAGGCUGCCGAAGAUAGUGAUGCUGUUGACGAGAACGAUGUCGACGUAACAGCAAAGAGUGAGGAAGAGCAGGCAAAACGAAUGGCGGCCAUGGAGGCUUUAACCGCCUUGGAAAGGCAUUUUGCAACAUUAAGGGACCGCUUGUACGAUGAAAGAAUCGCAGGUAUCAACCAUGAGCUUGCAUUAUUAUCAGAAGCCAAGCCAUCUCACCCCGAGUUGUUGCGUCAGCUCGAAGCUGUCCAGAAGUACCGAGAUGAAAAGUUUGAAGUCGAGCAAAAGCUGCUGGUUUACAAAAUCGGCGCUCUCAAGAAUAAAGCCGUCGCUGAACGGAGUCAGAUACACAGUCAAUAUUUCCAGACCGUGAGAGAUCUUCGAGAACGACAUCUGGAGCGCAUCAGCGAACAUUUCUACCGAAUUCAACGGGACAGAUUCAAGGCCGACUCGUCGAUACCCAACUUUUCGAUACCGUUCGCCGAGCGACGAUCGCAGCAUAUUAUCCAGCAAACGGCUUACAAUAAGGAGGUCUCAAUUCUGUCCGGUAUUGCCAAAUAUGUUGGCUUUCCCGCUGCCCCGGAAUUGACUGCAUCAAAACAAAAGGAGGUUCAGGAUGAUGUGCAAAAGAUGGGGGCACGUAUCUAUCGAAAUUUGGCGGCACAAAGGCUAAUAAUUGAUCAGAUUCGACCCAUCAGAGCCACGCAGCGCUCAGUGCCCAAUUCCACCGGAGCCCAGAUAUCGGGACCACAGGCAGAAGAACAAUUUCUUGAGCAGACUCCCUGGGCAAACCCACAGCACCCAAUACAUCGAUUGAAUCGACAGAAUUCGAAUAGAUCACCCUUGAAUGAGUUCCUGACACCAGCCAAUCAACAACGCACUACCGAUGGGAUCCAGCCGACAGGUUCAGCGUCCACCAUUGUGGACCCCUCCGCACAAGGCUCUGCUAUGAACACCCCUCAUGAUGGACGAAGUAGUACGACAAAGCUCGAAGCUCAAACGGGAUCCAGUCUUAAUAACUAUCGCCUGCAUUCCACUUCUCCCCUCGACGCUCGCCGGGCUCCGUCGAAUGCCGGAUUUCAAAUCGCCACAGACAGUUCAGAAACACAAGCGAGAGAUCCAAAUCGAGCCCUCGGGUCCUCUCCGUUGACAUCACGAGCACAAAUGUCGGCGGGAUCACCACCUCGAACGAAUUCGACGCGAUCAGAGAAGGCAUCUAGGCUGGAUAAUGAUUCUCCUUUCAGGCAUGCCAGAGACUCCGCCAUUACUGCCGGGUCGGGAUUUUCUGGCACGGGCAGGUUCAGUAUCCGAUGA